AUGGAGCGGAUAGGAAAAGAGUGGUUAUGGCAACGUACUUAUCAAAACGAAUUGAAUGGUCGAGAUUCGCUUAUUCCUCAAAAAGAAUUAGAAAAGGUGAAAACCAAAGAAAACGCGGAUGAAUUAUUUGUUUAUUUGAUCAAUGACCCUAGUUGUGUGAGAGAAUGGAAUUCUGGCAUAUUCAUUGUACAUAUGGAGGGAAUGAGAGAACAACUGAGAGGAAGAGAUUACGAACAACAUAAAGAAUGGCAAAUCACGGAAGCCUUAGCUAAGGUCACCCAACUCCAUCGCUUACCCCAAGCGAAACCGGAUGUCUUCAGGGGAGAAGAGGAAGACAAGACAAAAUUCUUUCUAUGGGAGUCCGCGUUUGAUGCUCUCAUAGACUCGGUACCAGUCGCCCCGCGGCAGAAAUUGCACCUUCUAUUCCAGCAUCUAGAAGGCAGAGCUAAGAAGGUAGUUGAACAGCUUCAAUUCAUGAUUGACGACCCUGAAAAGGCCUACAAAGAAUCGAGAAAAAGAUUGAAAUACCGUUUUGGAAAUUCCGCAAUUCUAAGUGCUGACUUUGAGAAAAGGCUCACCGAUUGGCCCAAAAUUGGAAACAGUGAUGCAAAGGGAAUACAAGAGUUUAGUGACUUUCUGCAAAAAGUGGAGAUAGCGAGAGAUCACAUACCAAGUCUAAAGAUCUUUGACUUUUCAUCGAAACUUCAGAGUCUUGUAGAAAAACUUCCAGGCUGGUUUAAAACCAAGUGGUCAACUAAAGUUCAGAAGUUACAGCAAACAGAUGGUCACAAUGCCUUUCCAUCCUUUUCCGAGUUUGUAAAGGAAGUCAACUUUCACGCUGAGCGAAUGAACAUUCCCCAAAUCUCGCAAGCAUCACUUGCUCUAGCAACUCAGUCUUCACCUGACAGAGAACGUAGUCCAACAAAGAGUUUCUUAAAAGACUCUAAGUCAACAGCCACUCCUGAUAGUCUUGGUACAGCUUCAACUGUCAAUACAGCAUUCUGCCCCUAUCACAGAACUAAGUCUCAUGACCUGGAAGAUUGCCAGAAAUUUCGCGAGCUCGAUUUCAGUGAGCGAAAAGACUUCCUGUUUAAAAAGGGAUUCUGCUUUAACUGCGCAAGCUCAAACAAGCACAUCAGCAAACAUUGUGAUAAAGGUCGCCCUCAAUGCAAAAUAUGCGGAAGGAGUCAUAUCACAGCCCUUCACGACCCGUCGAGGCCAGAAAACAACUCCAGCCAAGCUUCAUCCGCCUGUACUCGAGUGUGCAAAGACGAAUCAACAGACGUGUUCAUUACAGAUGCCCUCCAAAGCAAAUUAAAUCUAAGUGGCGCAGAAGUUAACCUUCAAGUAAACACGAUUGUGGGCACUAACACUGUCAGAAUGCGAAGAGUCCCUGGCCUUCAAAUCCAAGAUAUUAACGGCGAAUUUUCACCCGUUAAAGUUCCUUAUGGCUAUGCUCAACCGAAGAUCCCAGCAACACACAGUGACAUUACAGGUCUGACAUAG